UGCUCUGACAGUCAUCAUGAACAUCGGGUGGCAGAGGGACUGCUCAUGUUCUGCAGGGUGAGGGCUCCUUGCCCCCACCCCCGGAAGUCUUCCUGGGCCAGGCUCAGUUUGGACGCAGAGCUCCUGCACACCAGGUCGCCUUCGCUCUCUCCCCACCCAGGGAUGGCUGCCACUCUGGGUCUAAACCACAGCUCCGUUUCUGAAUUCAUCUUCGUGGGCUUCUCCACCUUCCCACCACAUCUCCUGCCCAUUUUCUUCCUGUUGUUCCUGCUCAUGUACCUGUUCACACUGCUGGGGAAUCUGCUCAUCAUGGCCACUGUCUGGAGUGAGCGAAGCCUGCACACACCCAUGUACCUCUUCCUGUGUGCACUGUCCAUCUCUGAGAUCCUCUACACCUUGACGAUCACCCCGCGCCUGCUGGCUGACCUGCUCUCCUCCCGCCGCACCAUCACCUUUGCAGCCUGUGCCAGCCAGAUGUUCUUCUCCUUCACAUUCGGCUUCACCCACUCCUUCCUGCUCACUGUCAUGGGCUACGACCGGUAUGUGGCCAUUUGCCACCCCUUGCGCUACAGCAUGCUCAUGAGCCCCCAUGGCUGCACCUGCCUGGUGACUUGGUCUUGGGUUGGUGGCUUGGUCCAAGGGAUGGUGGUGACCACAGCAAUCUUCCAUCUCACCUUCUGUGGUCCCAACAAAAUCCAGCAUUUUGGAUGUCAUGUGCCCCCUCUCUUGAAGCUGGCCUGUGGAACUGAUGUACCGAUAGUGGCCCUGUGUGUGGGGCUGAUGUGCAUCACUGUAUUGUUGGGCUGCUUUCUCCUCAUCCUCCUCUCCUACACAUUAAUUGUGGCCACCAUCUUGAAGAUCCCCUCUGCUGAGGGCAGGCACAAAGCCUUCUCCACCUGUGCUUCCCACCUUAUUGUGGUCAUUGUGCACUAUGGAUUUGCCUCUAUCAUCUACCUCAAGCCCAAGGGUCUUCACUCCCAGGAAAGUAAGACCCUAAUGGCCAUCACCUACACGGUCCUCACGCCCUUCCUCAGUCCCAUCAUCUUCAGUCUCAGGAACAAGGAGCUAAAGACUGCCAUGAGGAAGACCUUCCUCAGCAAACUCUAUUCCUCCAGCAUCUAA